AAUUUCUCGGCAUAAUUUUUUAAUCAUAUCGAUUAUUUGCUGUAAAAUAAACCAAAGGUAACCCUUGUUUGAAAGGGUUUCAAUGUGAUUACAAAAACUUCUAGAACACGUUUCUUGUGCACAGUUGCUCUGAUGAUUGGUACCGGAAUGGUGACGGCGGCAAGCCUUUUUCGAAGAAGUACCGUGGCAGCUAACUAUACCGCCCAAAAGAUCCUGCGGGAUGGUUACCAUUACGAGCAACACCAAGUAACAACGAAGGACGGUUACAUGUUGACCAUGUUUCGAAUUCCGGGCAGCCCUGCCAAACCUCACAGUGCUGGCAAAGAUGUUGCCUUUCUGCAGCAUGGUCUACUCGGUUCAUCUGCAGACUUUGUAAUCUCUGGUCCAGACCGUGCCCUCGGAUAUAUGUUGGUAGAUGCUGGGUACGACGUGUGGCUCGGCAAUGCCCGUGGUAAUGUGUACUCCCGGCGACACAUUUCCCUGGAUCCGGAUGCCACCGAGACCAAAUUUUGGGACUUUAGCUGGCACGAGAUUGGACACUUCGAUCUACCGGCCAUGAUUGACUACGUGCUCCAGCACACUGGACAGCAAUCCUUACAAUACGCCGGCCACUCACAAGGUACGACGUCAUUCUUUGUGAUGGCUGCAACGCGACCCGAUUACAACAAAAAAAUUCGCUCGAUGCACGCCUUAGCACCGGUUGCCUUCAUGAGCAACCUGCACUCGCCGUUCGUCCGCAUCUUGUCACCGUUGGUGGACGAACUGGCAUGGAUGUUGGAUAUUCUGGGCGUACAUGAGUUUCUUCCCAGUACGAAAAUGAUGGAGCUGGUUGGAAAGCGCAAUUGCCACGAUCGGUCAGACUUCCAGGAGCUGUGCGCUAACGUUCUGUUUCUGAUUGGAGGUUUCAACAAGGCCCAGCUUAACCGCACGAUGCUACCGGAGUUGCUGAAGACGGUUCCGGCCGGCGCUUCGGUAAGACAGCUCAUUCACUAUGCACAGGAGUUCAACUCCGGCCAUUUUCGUCAGUAUGACCAUGGCUUCAAGGAAAACAAGCACCGCUAUGGUGCGAAGUAUCCACCGGACUAUCCGCUCCAGCUGGUGAGUGCACCCGUCGCUCUGCACUACAGUGACAACGACUGGAUGGCCGGAGUGCAGGAUGUCCACAAACUGCAUACGAAGCUACCGAACUCGAUCGGUCGAUUUCGAGUGCCAGAUCCUCGCUGGAGCCAUCUCGAUUUUGUCUGGGGCAUCGACGCAAACAAACUGCUGUACAACCGAGUGAUUAGCAUCAUGAGUCGGUACAACUGA